UUCUGCUGGAAGCUAGCAGAGAGAGGAGCACCGAACUACUAAAACCCCAAAAUAUUUAUGUUCUCUACUGUUUCUUCUUCUUCUUCUUCUUCCUCUUCUCGUUAUGCCAAAGCAAGAGAGCUUGUGGGUUUUAUGACUGAAGUUCGAACAAGAGCGUAACUGGAAAUUUGAUUCAAUUGGGGGCUCUCUAUGGUUCUGAGCAAAGGUGACGAGCACAGAAGUAGCGAGAGAUCGAUGAGGAGUGAGAAAGAGAAUGAAAAUGGCGAGAUACCCGACUUGGAGAAGCAGCAGAGUGAUAGCGGAGCUGAGCCCAGCUCACUUUCCAAUUCUGCAGUCGGUGAUACGGUGCCGCCGCUUCUAAACGUCGUCGUUUUGGAUGAGGCGUCUCGCGAGGUUCAUGUGCAAACCACCGCCAAUUUGUCAAGGGAGGUACCUUCUCCCAAAAAGGGUGACCUGUCGAGAACUUCCAGCUCUCAUGAACAAUGCAGAGUAUGUCAGCAGGAGAAAGAUGAAGUUUUGAUAGACCUUGGAUGUCAAUGUCGAGGUGGGCUUGCAAAAUCCCACCGAUCAUGUAUAGACACUUGGUUUCGAACCAGAGGAUCGAACAAAUGCGAGAUAUGCCAAGGGGUAGCUGCAAAUGUGCCACCUCCACAAUCCCAGCCAACUGUAUGUACUCUGUACCUUUUGGUGCAAAGGGUAGCCUUUGCCAUGUUCAUCAACCCAUAACUUAAUAUGUAUGUAUGUAUGCAUCGAAUUAGCG